AUGAUUAAUUGGACUGGAUGGAUUGAAGGACCAGAAAAUACUCCAUAUACGAAUGGAAGAUUUUAUCUAUCACUUAAAUUUUCUUCAGAUUUUCCAUUAAAACCACCUGAAAUUAAAUUUGUAACACCUAUUUAUCAUCCAAAUAUUAGUAUAAAAGGUGAUAUUUGUUUGGAUAUUCUUCAUUCUCAAUGGUCUCCUGCAUUAACUGUUCGUAGUAUCCUUAUAUCAUUAUGUUCAUUAUUAUCUGAUCCAAAUCCAGAACAUGGAAUUAAUAAACAAGCUGUUCAACUCUAUAGAACAGAUAAAAAUAAAUAUCAAGAAAUUGAAAAACAAUGGACAACAAUCUAUGCUAGUCAGGAGAAAUAUUAA